CAGUGGAAGACUUCCAGAUCCGACCCCAUGCGCUUUACGUCCACUCCUACAAAGCGCCCACCUUCUGCGACUACUGCGGAGAGAUGCUGUGGGGACUCGUCCGACAGGGCCUCAAAUGUGAAGGAUGUGGCCUGAACUAUCACAAACGAUGCGCCUUUAAGAUCCCUAACAACUGUAGCGGUGUAAGGAAAAGACGUCUUUCUAAUGUGUCUCUGCCCGGCCCGUCGCUGUCUGUUCCUCGUGCUGCUCCAGCAGAGCAUGCUGUCGUGAGCCUGGAAGAGCGCCCCCAUCAGGAGCCAGGUAAGCGGAUACCGUCAUGGAGCGGCCGGCCAAUCUGGAUGGAGAAGAUGGUGCUGGGGCGGGUGAAGGUCCCUCACACCUUUGUCAUUCACACCUACACCCGCCCCACCAUCUGUCAGUACUGCAAACGGCUGCUCAAAGGGCUUUUCCGCCAGGGCAUGCAGUGCAAAGACUGUAAAUUCAAUUGCCACAAGCGAUGUGCUUCAAAGGUACCAAAAGACUGUCUUGGAGUCUUCAAUGGAGAGCCGGCCAGCCCAGGUCCUGACUCUGAUACCACGAUGGAAGUAGACAGCAGUGAUGUGAACAGCGAUAGCAGUCGUGGUCUGGACGAUUCAGAGGAACCUACCACUCCAGAAGACAAGAUCUUCUUUAUGGACUCCCCCUUCAUGGACCGUGAGAAGGAUGAAGAACCUGUGAAGACCAUCAGCCCCUCUACCAGCACCAAUAUCCCCCUGAUGCGUGUGGUCCAAUCCGUCAAACACACCAAGAGGAGGAGCUCCACUGUGGUCAAAGAAGGAUGGAUGGUGCACUACACCAGUCGAGACAAUCUUAGAAAGAGACACUACUGGAGACUGGACAGCAAGAGUCUGACUCUGUUUCAGAAUGACUCAGGAGCCAAAUAUUACAAAGAGAUUCCCCUGUCAGAGAUCUUGCAGGUGGAGGUUGCGCGUGACUUCAGUAGUUUAGCCCUGGGGGGCAAUCCGCACUGCUUCGAGGUCAUCACCGCCACCAUGGUGUACUACGUAGGGGAGAACACCGGCGGACCCCACCUCCACAUCCACAACCCUGCGCUGGCUGCCGGUGGCGUGGGGCUGGAGGUGGCCCAGGGCUGGGAGAGGGCCAUCCGCCAGGCCCUGAUGCCCGUUCCAGUAACACCACAGCCCAGCGUGGGCGCUGCUGCGGGACAGAGUAAAGAUCACAAGGAACUGUCCAUCAGCAUUUCUGUAUCUAACAGUCAAAUCCAGGAAAAUGUGGACAUCAGCUCAAUCUAUCAGAUCUUUGCUGAUGAAGUGUUGGGUUCUGGACAGUUUGGCAUCGUUUAUGGAGGGAAACAUAGAAAAACAGGCAGAGAUGUGGCCAUCAAAGUAAUAGACAAAAUGAGAUUCCCCACCAAACAGGAGAGCCAGCUGAGAAAUGAGGUUGCCAUUUUACAGAAUUUGCAUCAUCCUGGCAUUGUAAACCUGGAGUGUAUGUUUGAGACUCCAGAGAGAGUCUUUGUUGUCAUGGAGAAACUCCACGGUGACAUGCUGGAGAUGAUCUUGUCCAGUGAGAAGAGCAAACUUCCAGAGCGCAUCACCAAGUUUCUGGUCACACAGAUCCUUGUGGCUUUGCGACAUCUCCAUUUCAAGAACAUUGUUCACUGUGACCUGAAGCCAGAAAAUGUGCUGUUGGCAUCUGCGGAGCCGUUUCCUCAGGUAAAAUUGUGUGACUUUGGGUUUGCUCGGAUCAUCGGGGAAAAAUCUUUUCGGCGCUCAGUGGUGGGCACACCAGCAUAUCUGGCCCCAGAGGUGCUGCGCAGUAAAGGCUACAACCGUUCCCUGGACAUGUGGUCAGUGGGAGUCAUUAUCUAUGUCAGUUUGAGUGGCACCUUCCCCUUUAAUGAGGACGAGGACAUUAACGACCAAAUCCAGAACGCAGCUUUCAUGUACCCACCAACACCCUGGAAAGAGAUCUCUGCAGAAGCUACAGAUCUGAUCAACAACCUUCUCCAAGUCAAGAUGAGGAAGCGAUACAGCGUGGACAAGACCCUCAGUCAUCCGUGGCUACAGGACUACCAGACGUGGCUCGAUCUGCGAGAGUUUGAGACGCGCCGAGGGGAACGCUACAUUACUCACGAGAGCGACGAUGCACGCUGGGAAAAGUACGCUUACGAGCACAGUCUGGUGUAUCCGAAGCACUUCAUCAUGGCUCCAAACCUCGAUGAUAUGGACGAGGACCCCUAGUGGCCAUAUGAGCCGAACUGAAAACAAGGUCAGAUGAAGGCAGGACCUGUUAAUGGUCUGUUGCUAUGGAGAUUGAAACGCAUCAGCAAUCUGAAGCAGACUUUGAGGGGAGCAAACUGUUACAAAGCCAGCGAGGUCGACCGCUCUCUGGAUGUCAACAAGAGUCAUCCACACUGCUAAUGAAGAUGAAUGCUGUUUCAGAGCGUGGAAAUGCAGUAUUCGCGGGGAGUGCAUUCAGAAGUCUUAAUGACUCUUCUUUUCCAAACGGUGCUGUUAUGUUUGUUUCUUAUUGAGGUGUGUGUUCUGAAUGUCAGAAACUCGUGUUACAAUAAUAUAAAGGUUAGUAACAGAUGUGAAUAUUGGGGAGAACGAUGCAGUCGUUUAUAGUAGUUUCAUUUUGAAAGCAUCAAACUGGAACGUGCGUUUUUGAAAUUCCUAUUCUAUGAUUUUCUAAUUCGUUUUGUCCUUAAAUAUAGGUUACACAGGAGACUGAAUGAUUUCAAAAGGGUCGUUUUUUUGCACUAAACAAUACAACCACUGCAGCUGGUACAAUUAAACGAAUUAUGUGACGUAACAGCACACCAUUCUUGAAGAAUCCAGAAGAUGGCGCUUGUGUCGGACAGCUACACUUAAGCUCUGAAUGGGAAGGAAUGGGAGAUAUUAUCUUCAGCGGACCAAAGACAUUCGCGUCAAUCGUGACUCUUGUUCUUACGUCGUUUUAGAGCUGAUGUUCUCAGAGCCAUUCUGUUUAUUUAUUCCUCGUACUGCAGUCUUAAAAUCUAAUAGCAGCUAAGCAGUGCAGAAAGAUGUGUCGGUCAAAAGCCUACUGUGAGAAAGCUUUGACUUAUUAGCAAAGCUCUUUUAAUACAAAAAAGUAAUGUAUUGAAAAUAACUGCUAACAACUUUUAUUAGAAGAAGAUGAACAGUGUUAUAUUCUUUUUUUAAUUUUUUAUAUGGUAUGUAUUGUACUCAAGAAUGAACCUUUCUAUGAAUCCCAGAACUGGAAAAUCUGAAAAAUAUUUUUGGUAAUGGACUUUUUGUUGUUGUACAAACCACCUACAAUAUUCAAAUUAAGCUGGAUCCUCUCUACACACACAACAUAGUGAAAAUGAGCAAAUAUGAUGGGAAAAGAAGCCAUUUUUAAGUAGUUUAUUUUCAUUGUCCAUGAAAUGAAAACUGUACCAUACACAAUGAAAUAUGGGAGAAACAGAUUGAGGAUUCCUCUGAAUCAUGAUGUUGCCGCUGGAUUGGCAAGUGUAAGUGUUCUGUAUAUUUUAGUACAUACUGGUUCAAUAAAAGCUAUACACUCCAUGUGUUUGGGGUGAUUAUUCAAGGUUUUGGAUUUGCUGAUGGUGGAGGAGAGGUCUGACAAAAUGAAGUUUUUGACAUUUUUGCAGGUCAUGAAAUGAUCAGCAGACCCAAUAGACCUGGGCAUGUCUGCACCAGAAUAUCAUGAGGAGUUUCACACAUACAGCCCUUUACACAAAAGUACUGCUAUAUUUUUGAUUACAGAUCUUGUGUGAACAAGACGAAUAUCGGUUCUGGCAACUUGCUGUGCUUCACAAGUCAAUCAUCACUGUAUUGCAUUGCAUUAUAUGUUUUGAUAAUAAA